CCUACACCUUCUGUAUUGGUAAUUUUCGCCAUGGUAAUCGUUAUAGGGUAAACAAACGCAUGCUCGUUGCUCCGUAACCAUAAACCAUAAUACUUGUAUUGCCUGCCUACAGAAUAAUCUCUUUCUCUUCACAAUUUUUCAAUGUUUCCCGUGUGUAAUUUUACUCUCUUAAUUACUUCAUCAAUUUUAAGGCCAAGCUGAAGGAGUUGGGCUCAGCAAUGGAUUGGGGUCAGCCUGUGAAUACUGCAAUGGAUAGUUUAACUGCUGCGUUGAAAAGCAACAUCAUACCAAACCAAGAAUAUCUGUUGCAAGGCAGUGUCCUAGACGCAGCUGUGGAGGUCCUCCUCCAUCGACUCAGAGGUCUUUGCGACAAUGUUGACUCCGGGCCUGAAACAUUUCAUGAUCAUGAAAUGUGUUUUAGCAUUCGUGGAACGAGUCCACAGCCUUUGCUUUUAAGAGUCCGAAGAGCACUAGAUUACCAAGAUAUGCCAUGGCAACUGCGCUACAUUGGACAGUCAGAAUUGGGUGAUAAAUCAAGGCCUACAAUAGUCAGGAGCAGUAUAGACGUUGGCUGCAAUGCAACUGUUGUAGAGUUUUUGACUGAACUUGGUUGUCGGAUGGACUUUGAAUAUAUUCUCCGCGGUUAUAUGUUCCGUAAAGGCAGGAUGAAAAUCACAGUCUCCAAAAUAUUCAAGAUGGGCCAAGGCAAACCUCCUGAGAGCGUGGAGCCAAUGUCUCAGUCAUAUCUAGUUGAGUUAAGUGUAUUAGCUCCGAAUGGUCAAGAUGCAAUUGGGGAAGAUAUGAAAAAUUUUGCAGAGCAGUUGAGGCCUUUAGUACAGUUAGAUAAGAUAGACUAUAAAAGGUUACCAGUCACUGGACCUCCGUAAAAUAGAGUAAUAUUUGUCAUCAUGAAGGUCAUUGGUGGAGUGAGGUUACUGAGGUCAGUUGAACAGUGAGCCUCCUCAGAAAAUGUGCAGAACAGAAUUGAAGCAAAAUUUUCAUAUUGAUGGUGAAAGCCCCAAACCAUGUGUAUCUUGGUUCACAGACCUUCAAAUCUCAUACGAUGCUUUAUUUUUUUUAGAGAGAGCCGGAUCAUAGUAUUUGCACACAAUUUUGUUUGAUUAUUCUCCGUCCCUUCAAUAGCAUUCUUUGAAAAUUUAGUGCAAAUAUGUAGAGUUGUACUCUUUUGCUUAACUAAAACAUGAGCAGAAAGAACCCUGCACAAUCCUAAUGAUAAUUCUAUCUGAUAUUAAAACGAGAUUCGCCAUUUUUCGCUGCCACACGGUGUGUGCCUGAGAAGCAAUAAUUGUCGACACGUACAAGUUAGAUUCAUAAUGUGUAGGAGCAUUACUCCCAUCCAAAAUGUAGACGCUGUGUUUCCAUUCAAACAUUUUUCAAUUUUUUUCAAGCAACUGCCGUAUUAUAAAGAAGAUGAAGAAAUAUUAACCCUUUACUUUCCUCAGUCGAUUUUGGCGGUACCAUGAAGAACUGAAUAUUAAAUAAUGAAGCCUUGUAGUACCUAGUUGGAUUUUUUGUAAUAGAGCAGUAUGUGAGAAAAAAAAUAUAAAAUUUGGAAUGGAGUUACAGCGUUUUUCCUUUAGACGACAGACUACUACUUAGUAUAAUGACAUCAACCUUGUGAAGAUUUAUUGAUAAUUUACAACUAAAACUACCAUAAUGCACGUGGCACUUCGACUCAAUGUAUGAGGGAGAGUUGUUGUCAUGUUAUCUCUCUCUAACACAUUGCGUCAACAGGCAACGUUCGUUAAAGUAGUUUCAGAUGUAAAUUUUCAAUGAUUGUUCCCAAAUUUGAUGUCAUUCUACCCAGUAUUAAUGCUGCUACACGCUAUGGAUCAGUUUCUUUCAUUAUUUUGUACAUCACGAUAAUUACUGCCUCCAAGACACAAACCGUGAGGUAUCGCAACAUGGUGGUGGACCUCGUCCCUAGAUCACAUGGAAUCACCUUACGCCCCCCCCUCCCCCUCGGUCAAGUCGAAUGAGACUUAGAUAUGUCGCUCAGCUAGUCAUUCUAAUUAAAAGCUUGCAUUGUUCGAAAA